AUGAAGAUACGGACCUUGAAGCUGGCUAAGAAGCCAGUUAAAAGUAGGUUGCAAAUAUUGCAAACUGAUUAGUAAUGGUCGCUCUUCUAGUCGAAAAGUUGGCUGGCUUCACGUUGAUCCUGCUCCUUCGAUAUGCCAUCCCAAAGGCUACUGUAAGUUUACUUUUUAUUCCGUAAUUGUCUGUAGGCUAUAUAUUUUGUGAUUCUUUACAUUUUUUAGGCCGAAUACGAUAAUUUAUUGGUCAAUUCAGUUACAAAUGACAAUAUUACACCACAAACUCGUACCUCGUGUGCUCAGGGAGUCUUUAAUCAACCUAUAAAGUAAGACUUCAGCUUAGAAAAAGUGUUAAAAUUAUUUUUCAGUAAGUGUGAAUGUGAUGAAGGCUGGGGAGGAGAGAAUUGCGAGAUAUGCACAAGGAAACCAUGCAUUCCAAAAGCAAGGAUCUCAACGGUCAGGCCAAAAUUAAACCCAAAAAAUGAAACUAAAGUAAUCGAAGUGGUCGGUGUUGGAUUCCCGAGGCAAGGAACUACUUUAAAUCAUGAUGACUUCUUUUUCAGAAACCAUGACAAAUCCUACGAAUGCCUUUUUAAUGAGACCAAGACAGUUGGACGAUGGGUAAACUCGACUAUUGUCGAGUGUCUGAGGCCAGAAGUUAACAAAGAUCAGGCUUAUUCGAUUGUCCUUUUGCCAACUGGUCUUCACAGCGUGAUAAAAGCUCAGGAAUCCAUUUUCUUGGAUUAUUAUGACGAAUGUGAUAAUCAGAAAUGUCAGGGAACUUGUUUUAAGAGUCUUUGUGUUUGUAAAGAUGCGAAUACGGGAGAUCAGUGUCAAGAUCCGAAGGCUUCGGUGAAUCAACAAUGCCCUGGAAGUGCGAACAGAACAUUGGAUUUGGAGACUGAGGAAAUGGAGGCGUUGAGUUAUAUGAUAACCCCUAAUGUAAGUUAACAUUUGAUUUGAUGUCUAACAUAGCGUAAGCACUGUGCUAUUAUCUCCUUUUCAGACAACUGAGAAAACAAUUCUGUUAUCUACGUCAGAGCCGGAUCUCUCCGUCGACGAGCUGAGUCGACGAAUUUCCUGGGAUAAGCCCCUAGGGAAUACACAACCUUAUACUAUGGAUAUUCAAGUGCAGAAACCUUUUUGCUCCGAAUACAUCAAGGUCUCUCUGGUUGUUAAUCACACCUAUACGCCUCAACUCACAUCUGUAACUCGCCACAAACACUCCAACAUGCAUAGGAUUACUGGUUUCAUCAAGUACAGUAACACUACAACCUUACAAAAUUUGGAUGUUCCUGUUGUAAUCAAAAUCUAUGAGAAGGACGCGUUGAUUGAAGAAGCUACAACGUGGUCACAAAGAAGGUUCUUUUCCUAUGAUGUUUAUCCAUUUACGGGAAAUGUAAAAGAAUACCAUAUAGUAAGUAAAUAAUACUGUGCUUGAUGGCAUAGAAUUACGUAAUCAAAAUGAGAAUUACUUCAGACCGCCGAUCAUCCUCAUCCGGCGUCAAAUAGUACCCCAGGUCUUCCGUUUUCUCACUGCACUGUAGACGCGUUGUACGAUGGAAAUGUUGUGGUUACCGAACAGGAUUUUGAAGUCAAGUAUGAGUUGAAAAGUCAGUCUUGUGCUUGCGGAGAGUGGAUGGCUGAGGUCAUUUGGCCUCGGCAAUUAGUCAUGAUGAGGUCUCAGAAAAUCUCCGUGGGUUUCACGAUAUUUUCGUUCGAUUUUGAUACCGUUUUCAUUAUGUGAAUGUUGUUUCAGCGUGACGUUGUUAACCCCACAAUUGAGUUGGUGUUAAGGGCCGACCAGAAGGCGAAAGAUUCUUUUGAAUAUCUCUAUGUGGCUAUUAGUUGUGAUUAUCUGGUGACAUACACUGCGAGGUGGAGUUUACUUAUUGUAAUUUACAAUAACAUUCCUUUAGACAUCAUCUAAUCCGUCGUUUCGGAAAUCUGAUCAAGAUCAAUCCCGAACGUCUGGAUAUUGUUGUUGGAGACGAAGAUACGUUAGUUGAGGUCACUUUGGAGAUGCAGCAGCCCCCAACAUCAAUGUCAUCAUCCACUUCUGACAAUUUAUCGCCCUUCUUUUUGGUGUCCCCACCAACUUCAAGAAGAUUGAACAAUAAAACAGUCCAGAUGGAAUACGUGUUCGGAGUGCAAAGCCCAUUGAAAGAACAGACCUUGGAGGGGAUUCUGCGGUAUCCAAGUGAGAAAUCACCAGUGUUCCAGAUACCCUAUCGAGUUACGAAAGGUUCAAAUGCUGAUUUCAAAUUGAGGGUCAACGUAAAAUGCAUGACUUACAGUGAGAAUAAAUUUGCUGAGGUAAGUAAAUUGAAGCAACACGAAGAAAUAAGUGUUUGACAGUUGUAUAGUGCAUACGCCUAAUACUAGUCGCGGCAAAAAGUCCUUAGAAUUUUUCGCGGCCCCCAAAUCUCAUCGCACCUCGAAAUGUUGAUUUGUCGCGGGAAUCGCGCGCGACACUAAGGCAAAAACAAGAAAAUUGCACUGUGCAAAAGCACUUUUCGGGUUCAUGCACAGUGCGGAGUCGCAGAAAAUUCUAAGGACUUUUUGCCGCGACUAGUAUAAUAUCGAUUCUACACUACUUGCUCUACUUUUAAGUUCCAUCUUUCUAAGAAUACGAUUUUAGGUCCUGCUUAUCUCCCAUCAUGGUGAACAACUCUUCAACAAGUUUGUCAAGAUCAAUUCCGCUGUUGAGUUCCAGCCCUUGCCGAUCGGAGUGUUUGAGUUGAUAAUUCGGGCCGAGGAUUUCCAGACUUUUACUGCUUUGGUCAAAGUUAACACUCUCAAUUCCUCAUUUACCGCCAUUUUGACCCAAAAACUUUCAAAAAGUCUGACAUUGUUUGAUGAUGGAGUUAGGUUCAUCCAGAUGGAUUCAGUAAGAGUAAUUCUUUUGUCUGGAUUAUUGUUUAGCAAUCAACAAGACCCGAGCUGAUUGUGGAGCCAAGUACAAUAACGGAGGUUGACAAGGACAUCUGGGUAUCUUUUAUCUAUUCGAACGGGCCGCAGAAUUCCAUGGCUAUGAUCACAACGCAAGCGAGCAGUGGAGAGUACUAUGAUAUUGAAAAUGUAAUUGGUUUGAACAAACAUGUCUUUCUGAACCUAAAAUAAUACAAUAUUUAAAUUGCAGCUACCGUAUCACAUGGCGAUUUGUGUUGGGUGUGGUUACAAACACAAGAUCCGAGUGGUGUCCAACGAAAAGAGGAUGAAUGAAACUGAUGUUGUUCACCUCCUUCAGAUCCCUUACAUCUACACAGUACCCGGUGUAAUGGGGGAUUUCCAGGACCAAGCCCUGAUCAUGGUCGACCUCAGAUCGAAAAGAGUGACUCCUCCGAGUAUGUGGCAUCUGUACUUAUUUCAAUUGGAGUCUCUAAUUCUUUCAGGGAUCUACCCAUCAAACAGUAACAUCCAACGUUUCUAUCAGAUCUCCCAAAGUUGUCAUACCGAUCUCGCUAUGAAAUGCCGUCAAUUCUUUGUCCGGGCUGAUUUCUGCUCGUCAAGUUGGUCCCUUCUCAACGCCAAUAUCCCAUCAUCUAUGGGAUUUAUGGAGUCGAUAUUAUUUAAGAGAAAUUGCUCCCAAUCUGGAUUGGAUUUUUAUGAUUUAAAACAAUUACUAAGGUGUGUGAUAUCAGCAAACAGUGGAUUUUGCGAAGUCCAGCCAUAUAUUACAGAUGAGCAUUUGGCAUGCACCCAGAAUGUACGAUUUUUGUGGUAAAAUGACAACUUUUUUAUAUUACUUUUGACAUCAGAUAAGAAAACAAUUUUUUCAGAGUUUAUCUUUGGCCAACAAGAAGAAUCUGUACAAUAUGGCAGCAAUUCAACUCAAUUUACCAAGAUUUGACCUUUGCAAUUUUGUCAAUGGCUUCUAUAAACAUCUCCAUUAUCUUACAGUAGGACUUACUUUUUAGAAUCAAUUUUUAUUCCAAAUAUAACUAAAAAAAUUAUAAUUUUAGACUCUGCUCCCCUCAAAUUCGAGUUUGCAAACGGAAAGUCAGUUUGAAAAGUUCCUGAAAACAAUUGUAAAUGAAUCCGAUUACCAAGAUUACAUUACUUUGCAAGAAGGAUUGUCUUUUCAAGGUAAUUUUGCAUAAGUUUUAUUCGAAUUCGAUUAAUUUCACUAGUCAAAGAUGACGGUUUCAGAGUCUUCUCAAGAUUUACUGUUUAUCUCCAAAUGGAACAAAGUCUUCGAACAAGCCCAAGAAUUGGAAAUGAAUCCAUUCAGAAAUUUCAUAACGAACUCUAGUGCUUAUCGAUAUUUAGAGGAAUUCCAGAGGCUGACAAGGAUGUUGAAAGAGUUGUCCAGUGGAAUAUCUAAGAGAGACCCGUCCAGUUUAUUGAAUGACGUCAUCAGUUUAAUGCUGCGACUGGAGAAUCGGACUUCAGAAGUUGUUUUGGAGUCAUAUCUGAAGGUGGAGCCUUUGUAUUCCAAGGAAUCUGGAGUCUUCUUGGUCAAUCUGCAUCUGCAUAAUCCUACGGUAAGCGGAAAAUAUUUAAAAAUCACUUUGACAUUUGUGAGACAGUAAAGUCGUCAUACGCAAUAGAAAACGAUAUAAAUUUGACCUUUUUUAGACUUCAAUUACUCUUCGGAAGAUCAUUACGACCGUUAAAUUCACUGACUUCAACGGAACACAGUAUGAUUUCCCGAUUAAGGAACAAUUAUUUGAUGGGAGGCCCUCCAGUGCGAUGUAUAAGAUCUUAAAACCAGGGGAAAACAUAACAAUUCAGUGGACUGUCAGCUCAAAAAUGCCUCUAAGAUUACUUAGGACGGUCUACCCUACUGUAAGACGAAUAAUAUUACUUUAUGACACCUUUCUUCUUACUUUUUAGGCGGUUGUAAAACUAAAUUUCGAAGCGGAUCGUCAGUUCCAUUCUCGGGAGAUCUACUCACCCACAUUUAAGAUGGAUCCUGCCGGUUCUAUUCGUAUUUUAGCCUUUAUGUAUCCACUCCUCUAUGGGAGAAUUGAUGGGAAAAAGGAUCCAUUCAAUAUCAAAUUGAGUGUUAUGAAUGUUGGGUAAGGGUAAUAUCACCUAAAUUACAGUGUCAUUUAGAUAUCUGCCUCUUCGGAAUGUCCAAUUAAUUAACAUCCGACCCCAAGUAACCGAUGAAAACUUCACCGGAGCGUUACCUUUUACUUUGGACUCGAUGGAGAUCGAUGAAAUGACUAAAACACCGUCUCUGGAUGUAGAUUUAGGGAAGAUCGAGUCGGGGCAACAGAAAAAUGUGGUCAUGAAUAUCAGCCUCACCAAGGCUGGGGUAAGUUUGUCAUCUUUUUGCAUUCUUCAACGUCAUUUUAGAUGGGAUUUCUGAAGAAUAUCCGAGUCUCCUGCUCUUCGAACAAUCAAUUUGUUGAUAAUGUUGUUCUACGCAAAUUUUACAUCAAGCAUAUGAUCAAUCCAACAGCUCUUUUGGUCGCAGAUAUAGCCGAAGUCUAUCCUUUGUAUCUCUAUCAAACAGAUUCCGCCAAAUUGACAUCUUUGGAGGCUCUCUUUGUGGAUCAAGAAACUCCCGUUGCAUCUGAAAGGGAAUGUCUCAAGAUAAUUAUGAUGGCGUUCAGAAUGGCUGAUGAAGAGAAGAAGUUUGAGAGUCCUCUAAUCGGAACUGCCCCUUGGCCCAAUGACAUUAACUCAACGAUGAUUCUGAAGGCGGUCGUCCAAGUUUUUCCUAAUUUCGAUGUCCUCCAUCGCACAAUUCCAAGCUCCAUGAUCUGGGUGGAUGACAAAAAGCUGAUCAACUUUGUGGACAGCUCUCCAUUUACGAAUGCUCAGAAGAUUUAUUACGAGUUCAUAUUUUCUUCGGCCGAAUGCGCGGCCCAAAAAUUCUUUGCUCAAGAAGAAUAUCGGAUCCCAGUGCCUCCGGGUCUGCACUCAAAGUACAGUAUUCUGGCACAAAUCCAAGCCCUAGGCGACCAAUACACGUAUUCUUUGAAGAGUCAGCAAAAGAAUUUCCCAUACGCCAUUUUGGGAGAUUCUGGAAGCAUAAUUAACAUGUAUGGUGACAUUGAAGGUCGAGGUUUCUGUGCCGUUAUCGAAGCGGAAGAUUCGAGUGGAGGUCGAUUCAACAGCUCGGUUCAACUGGGAGGUGAGAGAGUUGAGCAUUGUGGAGUAAAAGAGGACGAGAAAAUGCAAGAUCAUACUUUGGGAGGAGUCUAUAAUAUUCCAUUCGAUUAUCAGAAGGCCAGGAAUGAAUUCCUCCACAAAUCUGUUGCCAAUGUUCCUCCCAUCCCGAUUUAUGAAGACAAUGUUAAUGUGGAAGUGGAUGAGAAUGAAGUGAUCUACGAACUGGAGCCUGACAAUGGAUUGACCAGCACUGAAAUUCCGACUUCAACGGUUACAACCAAAGAAGAAGUUGUUUUGCCUGCUCAAGUUGGUCUGUUGCCUGAUAGAAUUACAGGUUCAAGUACUCCCACCACUACUGCAAGUACUACCACAACGACGUAUGAGACUUCUACAUCUUCCGCUACCACUUCAACUGAAACUUUAUCGACAACAACUCCCGACACUUCGGAAACAAAUAUGGACUCGACUUUACCAGUUAGACCAGAUGCAACGCCUCAAAUUAUCCAUCAAAUGACCCCUCAUCCAACGCCCCAAAUGCUCACUACAACAACAAUAGAGCCUCUGCAGACUCCUCAUAUUACAUUGGAACCGGCUGUUCUCACGACGACUGUAUUUUUAGAACCAGACGAUCAGUUGAGUCACGUAAACCAAAGUCAGUGGGAGAGUGUGAUUCCACCGUUGAAAGAGACCGAAGGGAUUACUGUAACAACCACUGCGGGAUCUACAACUUCCGGAUAUGAGGUUUACAGUCGGGUCACCACUGCUUAUAGAGGUAAUUUUUGUUGAUGGUUCUAGAAUAGAGAAAGGUUGGACCUAGUGGGUCAGCACAUUUUGAUCAGAAAACCUUGAUGAUUACUGCAAAGGGCGUAAAUACGAAGGCCUUAAGGAGUAGAAUUCUUAACUCGUUUGGCUUGAUAGCAAAUCAAAUAUAUUUGUUGCAGCCAAUCAGUCCACCACCACCGAAGACGACCUACUCGUCAACCUGAUCACUAUCUCCACUCUUCCUACCACUUCUGCAUUGCCCGUGGCCACAGGGAUCCACAUCGAUACGAAGCAAACGGGCUCCUUUUCUUUGAAGGACCAGAUUAAUCUCGGAGAUGCGGCGGCAAUGGUGGAUAUGGCCUGUAAGAUGAAGGGGUCCAAACCCGCUUAUAGAGUCCUAUGUGACUUGGCCAAAACCGUUUACAGGACGCAUUAA